CCGACAUCGCCAACUAUCACGUUCCCGAAGAUUUCCUUUUCAAGCCGUUGCGUGGAUCCAAAGGUCGUUGAACGUUAAAAAUUGUCCACAAGAAUAAAUGCCCCUUUAUUGCACUUGCUGAUAAGAAUUAGAUACAUAUCUUGUCUGGCAACCAAAACUGGGUACUUUUCUUUCCAUUUUUUUUUUCACCCCCAACACAAUGUGGUUUAACAAAUUCUCAAUAAAGGGUAUAUGAUAGAGGAGGGUCUUUUGGUUAUUCUGUAUUUCUUUUCCUUCUGGGUUUCGUUUGUAGUGCAUAGCAAGUGAACAGAGGAGGGUCUUUUGCUUCGUUCUUGUUGGUUGUUCUGUUUUUGGGGACAGAGGUGAUUUGGGGUGGUGUGAGAGUGGACUGGAGAUGGGGUUUGUGAGUGCUAUACUGGGUCUUUGGGGUUUUGGAGUGGGAAUUUCAAUUGGGCUAGUGAUUGGAUACUACAUGUUCAUCUACUUCCAGCCAACUGAUGUCCAGGAUCCUGUGAUUCGUCCUUUGGUUGAGCAAGAUUCAAAAACUUUACAACGUUUGCUUCCGGAGAUACCCCAAUGGGUUAAAAAUCCAGAUUAUGAUCGUGUUGACUGGCUUAACAAAUUUAUUGAAAAUAUGUGGCCCUAUCUGGACAAGGCAAUUUGCAAGACUGUAAGAACUAUAGCAAAGCCUAUUAUUGCUGAGCAAAUUCCAAAAUACAAAAUUGAUUCUGUUGAAUUUGAAGUACUGAGCUUGGGCUCCCUUCCACCAACUUUUCCAGGAAUGAAAGUUUAUGCCACUGAUGAGAAGGAGUUGAUAAUGGAACCGUCAGUGAAGUGGGCAGGAAAUCCUAACAUCACUAUUGCAGUUAAGGCAUUUGGGUUGAGAGCCACAGUUCAGGUUGUUGAUCUGCAAGUGUUUGCUUCUCCACGUAUCACCCUAAAGCCUUUGGUUCCAACCUUUCCUUGUUUUGCAAAAAUAUGUGUGUCUCUUAUGGAGAAGCCACAUGUUGACUUUGGACUGAAACUGCUCGGAGCAGAUGCUAUGUCCAUUCCUGGCCUUUAUAGGUUUGUCCAGGAGCUUAUUAAAGAUCAAGUUGCAAAUAUGUAUCUAUGGCCCAAAUCUCUAGAAGUACAAAUAAUGGAUCCACAAAAAGCCAUGAAAAAACCUGUUGGGAUUCUCACUGUGAAGGUUUUGAAGGCAAUGAAGCUUAAAAAGAAAGAUCUACUGGGGGGAUCAGACCCUUAUGUGAAACUAAAGCUCACUGAAGACAAGCUUCCUUCGAAGAAAACAAAAGUCAGACACAGUAACUUGAACCCUGAAUGGAAUGAGGAAUUUCAUAUGGUUGUUAAGGACCCAGAAUCUCAAGCCCUAGAGCUAAUUGUUUAUGAUUGGGAACAGGUUGGCAAGCACGACAAGAUGGGUAUGAAUGUUAUUCCAUUGAAAGAGCUCACACCUGAUGAGCCUAAUACGAGGACUCUUGAUCUACUAAAAAACAUGGACCCAAAUGAUGUUCAAAAUGAAAAGCUACGUGGGCAGCUUGUUGUGGAAUUGCUGUACAAACCUUUUAAGGAUGACGAAGUACCUCAUCAUAUUGAAGAUCCAAACGAGGUACAAAAGGCUCCCGAAGGAACGCCUUCUGGUGGCGGUUUGCUUGUAAUUCUUGUCCAAGAAGCUUCAGAUGUGGAAGGAAAGCACCACACAAAUCCAUUUGCACGGCUACUUUUUAGAGGGGAGGAGCGAAAAACCAAGCCUGUGAAGAAAAACAGAGAUCCAAGAUGGGAGGAGGAGUUUACGUUUACGCUGGAGGAGCCACCCACCAAUGACAAGCUUUAUGUGGAAGUGCUUAGUGCCUCCUCAAGGAUGGGCCUGCUGCAUCCCAAGGAAACUCUGGGAUAUGUGCAUAUAAAUCUUGCUGAUGUUGUCAACAACAAAAGAAUCAACGAGAAGUACCAUCUCAUUGACUCGAAGAACGGACGGAUUCAAAUCGAGCUGCAAUGGCGAACUUCUUCUUGAAGUUUUGGCGACCAGGGUAGCAAUUCAAAGGGAAAACGUCCAAUUUUUCUUGUUUUCUUAGGCUAAAAGAAAUGCAUGUUCUUUCUAUUCACAUUGGGAUUGAUAUAUGCUUUGGAAACUGACUUUCUGUAUAUAAACAGAAGAAGUUUGAUUGAA